AUGGCUUCACGACUCGUCCCUGAUUUCCCCGCAGUUUUGGUGGCAUUGGAGCACAUCAAAGAGCUCGAAAAGCAGCUGAGGGAAGAGACAUUUCAUCCCGACGCUAGCGCUCACUUGGCCGAGAUAACCCGUGCUGUCUCGGGCUUGGAGGAGGAGAGACGCGCGGCCCACGAGCACUUGGAGGUGGCGACAAUAGAGAACAGCAAACUUAGGCAUGAAGUGAACAACACCAGGGACCAGAUGAGUGCGGUCAUUGUGGCUGAUGUAGCUGCAGCCAGGGCGUCCAACGCUCAGGAGGUGGAUCAACUCCACAGAGAGCUCCAGGCUGUGUCACGGAUGCAGGUCGAAACUGUAAAGCAACAAGACAUUGUAAAAUCUGACAAUGACAAUCUGUCGUUUGAACGAGAGAAAGUUAAGGCCGAACAUGAGGAGGUCAUAGCUGCUCUGAACAGUGAAAUAACCCAGAAAUACGCCCUGCAAUCACAAUUGGAUCAGACAAGAGACUUAAUUGAGCAACUCCAGGCAUCCAUAGCAUCGUUUGAACACAAUACGUUGACAUUACAGCAAGAUUUGGCUUUGGAGAAAGAGGCGUUUGUCAAAUGUCGAGAUGAUCUGUCUCAAGAGUCAGAAGAGAGGGAGGAGAUGAUGAACCACCAACAAGAGGUGAUAUGGAGGAGCAAACGAGAGCUAGAACUGCUCCAUGACAGCAAAAGAGAUGGCAGCGAUAUCCUGGAUGAUCUACGAAUUGAAACGGUACAGUUGGAAAGUAGCAUAGAGCGACUGCAAGCAUCCAAAAAUCAAAGUGAGAAUAUUCUUGCUGCAGAAAAGGAAAAAUAUAAACAACUUGUCUCCCAAAAAGAAGCACUGGAAAAACAACUGGAUGAGAUGGUGAAUGCGUUCAAUACAACAAUAGCAGCUCUAAAGAAAGGGAUUGCAGCUAUUGAGGAACGAAUGGUGGGCGCACGAGCUACGAGGGUUCAUACUCAAGAUGCUUUGGAAACAGUGUAUGAAGUGUUCAAAGUGUACGACGAUGAGGAGACAGAAGUAAGGGAGGAGUAUGACUAUGUGUCCGGAUUGUUGGAAAAGUCAAGGACACAGCUGGAAGACCGCGUUGAAACCAUAGUGAGGCAUAAGAAAGAGAUUGAUGAGAUGGAAAAACAGAUUGAGGAACUUAAAGAAGAAGAUAUGAUUAACAAAAGAGUGUUUGAAAGUAAUUGGGAGGAGCUGGGAGAGAGCAUUGACCUGGAAAAACAACGUGCAAAUGUUUUGGAAGAGGAGAAAAAUCAGUUGCAGGCAAGUUUGAAGGAGGAGAAAAGCUCACAGGAGGAGUAUGUAAAGAAAAUGACUGCAAGUAUUAAAGAUACUUUGAGGAGAGUGAAAAUUCUGCAAAGGGAAGAAGCAACAAUUAAACAAAAGCAGCCAAUGGCCGCGGACGAAAUCAAACGCCAUAUAGAGUUGUGUAAAGCAGAAUAUGAACAAAUAGAGUUGCUUUGUCGAGGAAAAAUCCAGCAGUGUGUGGACGAAAUUGAAAUUGAAAUGAAAAUGUGUGAGAAAAAGCAAAGCGAAGUAGAGGAGAAGGAGAACCUGUUGGAUGUGGAGGAAGCCAAGUGGAAAGAGGGGAGGUUACGGUUUGAGCAGUUGACAAAACAGGAAGCAGACUUCAAGAGGAAAAAGCAUGAGUUAGGGGAGUCCAUAGACGCGCUGGGGAAUGAAACCGUGAAUAUUCUGCUGCCCAGGGUCGAGAAGAAAGCCGAACUGGGCAGGAUUCGAGCAGAGUACAUGGAUCAGCUGAAGAGACAGGCGGCGGAGAUGAAGUCAGUGGAGAUGCGCAUUUACGACAGCGACGUCAAACUGGAGCAGGUGCGAUUGGAGAACAGCCGGCUUCACCUGCGCGUCCGACAAAUGACCGAAGAGUCAAACAAGGCCAGAGAAGACCAGAGGAGGUACAAGGAGCACGUCCAUCGCUUUAAAGACGAUACAGAGGCGUUGGUUAGGAUUCUGCAGGAGGCCUGGAGCGACGAGAUGGCGCUAACCCAGGAGAGGCACCGUGUGGAUGCGGCGCUGGUGGUGCCUUUGGAUGCACUGCAGAGUCACAUCAGAACCAGAGAGCGACAGAUGGGGAACAUUCAGACCCUGCUGCAUGAAAAGAUGCUGGACUUUAGUAGGAAACUGGGAGACCAGAUCACCGUGGAGCCCCAGUCCUAA